GCAAGGGACAGAACUCACACAAGAACACUUCACAAAACAAACCGAUAGUAAUAAAUAUUUUGAAAUGCGAUAAAAUAGUGGGCAAUUAUUUAAAAGACAGACUUGAUUUAGCUUCACAAUGUCAACUCGUCACUUUUCAAAAGUUAUGAGCCAGCGUGGAAAAACGCAUGUAGACAUUGAACGAGAAAACUUCGAAAAAAAUCAGACUGUUGCAAUCAACAAAGCUAUCAAUACACAAGAAACACCAGUGAAAGAAAAGCACCUAAGAAACACAAUACUGGGCACGUUCACAGACCAUGGCGUGGGCCUGUUCUGGCACGUGACCACCAAACAGCUGCAACUGCAGGCCAACCCGAUCCUGUGCUGGAAGUUCUGCCAUGUACUUCACAAGCUGCUACGUGAGGGACAUGAAAAUGUCUUUGUGGACUCCUUGAAAUACAGGACCUUCCUGGAUGAACUUGGAAAACUAUGGAGGCAUCUCAAAGAUGGCUAUGGUCGACUUAUUCAUGCAUACACAGUGCUUCUCAACCAGAAGCUGGCUUUUCACAAAAAGUAUCCUAACAUUCCUGGCAACCUUCUGAUGCAAGAUGAGCUAUUUGCUAAAAUCUGCGGGACAGAUGUCAACAGCUAUUUUGAGAUCAGUGUGGACAUGCUGGACUACAUGGAUGAGGUGCUAUCCCUACAAGAGCAAGUGUAUGGUUCACUGGACAGGUCCCGGGCCAACUCCAUGACCAACUCAGGUCAGUGCCGACUGGCCCCUCUGAUCCUGUGUAUCCAGGACUCGUGUCAGCUGUACGACUACAUUGUUAAGUCUCUCUUCAAACUGCACUCCAGUCUACCACCAGACACCCUGGCAGGGCACAGGGACCGCUUCCUGGCGCAGUACAAGAAAUUAAAGGAGUUUUACUUUCACAGCAGUAAUUUACAGUAUUUUAAAAAUCUAGUCCAAGUUCCUGUAUUGCCAGAGAAUCCUCCAAACUUCCUGAUCCAAUCAGACUUCAGCAAGCACGUGAAGCCGGUUGCCGUGGUGCCCACUGAACCAGAACGUGAGCGGGACUCUGUCACACCAGAACUUGAGGCUGUGGGGGAUCUGAUUGACACAUCUAUGCCUGAGGACAGAUUUGAUGCUGCGUUCACAAAAGAUCAGGCAAGUUUCAAUUUCAAUGGACGCCUGCCAGAAAUAGAUGAGAGGGACCUGUUGAUUGAGAGGCUUACCAGGGAGAUCCAGGAGCUGAAGGCAGAGCUGCAGAGAGUGAAGUCAGAGGACCAGCGCGUGAUAGGCCUGCUGCGUGAGGAGAUCUGCAAGCUGGAGAAGAUCCUGUCUGAGCUGCGUCUGUCUGCUGACAAGUCCUUGAAGGACAACGAGAAGCUCAAGGCUGACCUGGCCCGUGCCCAGGUGCAUACUGGAGCAGCAGGGAAACUGGUGGAGGCAGAGAGGCAGGGCAAGGCCAGCGAGGAGAAGUUUAAGAAGAUGAAAGACGUCUACCAGAAACUGAGGGAUGAGCAUGUCACCCUCCUUAGACAGCAUGGUGAAGUUAACAAGCUGCAUGCUGCAGAUUUAAAAACACUUCAGGAGAAAGAACAGAUUAUACAGGACAGUGCAGCCCAGCUGGUACGUCUGGAGGAGGAGAGGAAGGUAAUACAGGACAGCCUCCAGAAGUCAGCUGACCAGGUCACACAGGAGCUCGCACAAACCACUGCCAGGAACACCAACCUGGAGCAGGCCAAACAGGCAUCCAAGCUUGACCUAUUCUAUGAUGGGCUGCAAAAAUCUCAGGAGCUGGAGAGUCAGUUGAAGUCGUUGCGGGCGACAGAACUCAGCUUGACCAGUGACCUAGAGAGUACACGCACCAGUCUGCAGUCUGUAGAGACCCAGUUGGAGCGGACGAUGCAAGAAAAAGAGGGAUUGGAAGAGACAUUGACCAAUCAGAUCACAGGGCUGCAUAGUGACCUUGCCAGCCUGAGGUCAGAGAAGGAGGCCAGGGAGCAUGACCUCACUGACCAGAUACAGGCUCUCCAGACAAGCCUCUCUGCAAUGGAGACCAGCAAGGUGCAGACAGAGGCGUUGCUGGGCAGCCAGUUGUCAGGGCUACAGCAGAGGCUUGACCAGUUGGCAGCAGACAAGGAGAGUUCGGAGUCAAGACUGACCGCAGCCCUAGAACAGCUGCAAAGAAGUCUUCUAAAGAGCAGUAUUGCUGAAGGAAGGGCAUUCAUCCAAGAUGCUCUAGACCAGUUCCACAACCCCAACUUCACCACUGCGAGGUGCACUGCAGAGUUCCUGUUGAUGCGUGGUGAGCCAGUCCUUGCCAGUCUACAGAAGUUACACACAUCAUUGAAGGGCUAUCAUUCAGACAAAAAAGGCUUACCUGAGUUGGUCGAGCUAAUCACAUGUUUUUCCCAUCACAUGGGUGACUGUGUGAUCCACGGCAUUGCUACCUCGCAGUCCACAGCAGAGAUAGAGGCAGGGCAGUUAUUGGCCAACACAUGUCGGUCUGCAGGAGAGAGUGGGCUGGCAGUGCUUGCAGCCAUUGAGAAAGACGGUGAUGUGUCCAGCGAGGUGUCUGCGUGCCUGGACCACCUGCGGCAGCUGAUGUCCCAGACUGAGGAGCUGGUACCCAAGUCAGAUGACGUGAAGACGGAGGUGAUAGGAGACAUGCUGGACAACGAGAUGCAGCUCACCAGCCGGGCCAUCGAGCAGGCUGCUUCCAAGAUACAGGAAAUGCUUCUGAAGAAUCGACAAGACGCUACGGGUGCGAAACUGGAAGUGAAUGAGAAGAUUCUGGAUGCUUGUACAGACCUCAUGAAGUGCAUCAAGAUCCUGGUGGAGAAGUCUAGGGACCUACAGCAUGAGAUUGUCUCACAAGGAAGGGGGACCCACACAGCCAAGGAGUUCUACAAGAAGAAUCAUCGUUGGACAGAGGGCUUUAUAUCAGCUGCCAAAGCAGUGGGAUGGGGUGCCACCACUCUCAUGGAGGCAGCAGACAAGGUUGUGAGUGGUGAGGGAAAGCUGGAGCGGUUGAUCGUGUGUUCCCAGGAGAUCGCAGCCAGCACUGCUCAGCUGGUGGUGUCCUCACGGGUCAAGGCCAAACGGUCGAGCCAGGCCCUGGUCAAUGUGCAGGACGCCUCCAAGAACGUGUCCCGGGCCACCGGAAACGUGGUUGCCACUGUGAAGACUGGCGCACAGAUUAUAGAGGACCAGAGUUUGAUGGAUUUCUCCCAUUUGUCACUGAUACAGACUAAGAAACAGGAGAUGGACUCCCAGGUACACGUUCUUGAGUUGGAGAGAGAGCUGGAGCUGGAGCGACUCAAGUUAUCUGCCCUUAGAAAGCAGCACUAUCAGUUGGCCGCCGAAUCAGACGGCCAUGAACAGGAGCAGGAUAGUAGCUAGACUGACAUGCUGUGUUGUGUGGGUGCACAUGACCAGGCCUCUACCAGUUAGCAGCACAAGUGGACUGCAGCUGUAAUAAUCAUGGAUUGCCUACACCUGGACAGGGCCUACACCUGAACAGUGCCUACACCUGGACAGGUCCUACACCUGGACAGGGUUAUUUGUUUGCUGAACACUUUGUUUGUCACUGAUCAUGACCAAUUCUUAUUAGCAUUGCCAUUGGAAUGGAAACUCUUCAUAAUGUCAAAUUGUUGCAAGUUAACUUUCAAGACAUGCUCAUUGACUGAAUUAUUUAAAAAAAUCUAUUGCUUUCCAGAAAAUAAGGGGCAUAUUUCCUACCUAUUGGUGUUUUCAUUUUAAAAAAAUAAAUAAAAGCACCUUGUUUAUGCAUUAUUUUUUACAGAAAAAGAUGUUUCAGUUCAUAAUGAUAAUGCUUGGUGCUCAUCCUUUCAAUAUUUGCCAGAAAAAUCUCCCUCAAUAUUUGCCAGAAAAAUCUCCCUCAAUAUAUGCCAGAUAAAUCUCCCUCAAUAUAUGCCAGAUAAAUCUCCCUCAAUAUUUUGACACUACCAGACUUGUUAAAUGACAGUGUCAGGUGUGAAGUAGUCUUUCUUUACUAAAUAAACCCCUAAAAUGCCCUACAUUGAAUUACAGAAUUGUAUUGAAUGACAGACAUUUAUUAUAUUGUUGGCAGUGACAUUUUACUAAGCCUGUUAUGUGUUUGAAUUAUGUUGUUUUAGAUUCCGAAAUUUGUUGACAUAUAUUUGUUUGCAUUCUAAGAUUAGAAACACUUUGUUGUGAUAUUUGUAUGUACAAUUGUAUAAAGUAAUGUACAUUAGAGUAAAUUGAUAAUGAUGCCUAUAAAAUACAUGAAUUUAACUUGUUAUUUUGACAUCCUUUUAUUUAUAUUUACUGUUAAAUGCCACCUCAUUUGUGUAGCUAUUCCUUAUUCCCUUUAGUAUUAGAUAAUAGAUGCUAUGAAUUCUUUUAUGUAAAUAAACAAACCUGCAUGCAGUGUUUUGUGACUUAUAUAUGUAAAGAUAUUAGCUGUAAAGUAUGAGUCAGAUUUGUAAAACUUGUACAGAAUAAACUUUAUAUAGCAUGUCUUUUUAGGUCAGUUUUUUCAAAUAUGUGUUAUAUGUUUAUAUUAUGUUUCAUGAAAUUAUAAAAUGUUAUAAACAUAAUAAAAAUUAUAUUCAUUGAUAUUUUCUUGAACAAAAAUAUUUGAUAUUUUAUUUUGUGUAUUCAUGUUUUGUUAAGCUAAUGAACAGUGGGUAUGGAUUGAGGUUGCAUUAUUUGUGUGGCUGCCUCAGAUUCUCUUUUGUAGAUUAUUCAUGGUAGUGUGUGUGCAGUGGUGCUCAGGGUGGGUGGGGGUCAAUGCUGUGUGAGGCAUAAGAUCCUACUUCCAAUAGUGCUACUUUGAUUGUGAUGCUAUACACAACAUUGCAUGCCAGUCACAUAAAGUGCUGCCUAGAGGCAUUCAGUCAUACUUAGUGAUGGUCAUUUCUAUUCAGGAUACUUUUCAUUUUCAUAUGGAUUUUAAACACUCAUUUUUAUGUUGCACAGCUGUUAUCAUUACGUUUUAUGUUCUUUUUACAUUAUUUAUAUUGUUGUAAAUCACACUUUACGUGUUUGCCAUAUUUGGUAAACAGUACACUAACAAUCCCCUUUAACUGGAUCAGUAUUGGUUUGGAAAUCCCUUGCAGUACUUCUUUGUACUUGUAUAAACAACUAGCUUUAACCGCCUCUGUUACCUAGCUGCUCUGAUGCCUUGGGUGUAGUUUGUGUCACUCUUACGUGCCAUAUAAACCUACCUUUGUUGUUUGUAUUUAGAACUGCAUUAAAUUGGUGAAAACAAGAUUUUGCAUACAGCCUUCAUAAAUAAAGUAAACUUUGUGAUUGAUGGUAAUGUUUGAUUAUUCAACGUGACUGAUAUUUUUGUUAGUGACUUUGUUAAGUCUCUUCUUAUUCAUGACUUUCAUCUGUAUUUUGUUUACAUGCAUCUUCACUUAAUGUUAGUAAGUCUGUUUAAAAUGGGCUAAGCUUUGUAUAUGGAAAGGUUUAAAAAAAACAGUAAAUGUCCAUUUUUAGAGUCUCAGUCAGAUUUCAUCUUCAUUGUUACUGUGUCAUUCUAGUCAAGUUUUAGAAUACUAGCAAACCUAUUGGCAUAUUUAACAUAAAUACUUGAUUCCUGAUGCCCCAAAAUGAAAUUCAAACAGGAAAUGGGGACACAGACAUCCAUACAGGUAUGAGUGUGACCUGCCAGUCACUAGAUUAUUCCCUGAAAACUUGUCAAAGCACAACAAAUGUAAGAUGUAUAAAAAAUAUGGAUAAAGUGCGGCGGUUUUUUUGUCUGUUUUGUUCUCUCCCCCAGCCGCUAUAUGGGGCUGCUACAAAAUGUCAGCAAUAUGUUUGUAUACUGUUAACAAUUUGUACUCCUGUAGGAAUCAUGUUCAUGUCUAUAAGAUUUAUUUGACAUUAUGUAAUCUAUUAAAGUAUAUUGCAUUGAAAUGG